AUGGUGUCCAACAAUGGAGCCCUACAAAGUCUUUGGAGGUGCAGAAGAAUGUAUCAGCAACGAGUCAGGGUGAACGGCAUGGCAUGUAUUGCCUACCCAAUUCAUGAAAUGAAUAAUUCCAAUACUGAUAAUAACAACACGGAGAGGAAACAAGAUCAGAAUGAUCAGGAUGACAACAAUGAUGAUGAAGAUGAAUCAAUGGCUUCAGAUGCCUCAUUCUGGUCUGAGUUAUCAAAGACUUUUAUGUGA